AUGGCAGAAGACGAGACCAUGGGGCAGGACCAGUCGCACUCAAAGACCAAUGGCCACGGCCUCUCUCUCGACGGCAUCCUGAACGGAGAACACGACAACCUAGAGCACUCGGUGUCCAAGGACGAAGCUCCGACGGAGGAGGGCCUUACGGAGAGUGUGGUUGCCCAGGGCUUCUGCAUCGAUCGAACGAACGGGAUGUGCAAAUGUCCUUUAGACCAGCCUGCACAGCUUUUCUGCGAGACAUGCAACGACGAAUUUUGUGAAGUCUGUUUCGCUGCGCAACAUCGCAAAGGGUCACGCAAACGCCAUGCGACAAAGCCUCUACAGAGUGUGCGGAGCGAGAAGAAGGCGAAGCUGCAAGAAGGUGAACCAGGCGAGACUGCCGUCCCAGCCCCGGGUACGCAGGGUUCGAACGGAGAUGCAAUGCAUGUUGAUGACGACUCCGAUGACGAACUGGAGGAUAUCGCGGCAGCAGCCGCGGAGAAGAGUACUCUCGCAGAUGAAGCUACGGUUGGCGAGUGGUUCGUCGACAGGGCGAAGUUCAUUCCCGUGCGUUUAACCCUGGGCGAGCGCAAGUACCUCCGGCUGCUGGAAGCCGCACUCAACGUGUCAGAGUACACGGACAAAAUUGAUACCCUUGGUUUCGGCCUCUCGAAGGCGAAGCGGAUCGUGCACCAAAUUCGCGAGCUAUGCGCCAUCAUGUCUGGACUGGUUCUGUCGGCGGACUACAAACAGGGCCAGGAGCUCUUCCAGGACCGCGACUUUGCCGCCAAUGAAGAGUUCUACCAGCAGAUCUUUGAGUUGGGCCGCCACAAGAUGAGGGCCACAUACGGAAAGCUGAUGUAUCUCCUGCAGGACAGCCAAACGCCCGAUGUCAAGGACCUCCUUGGCUUCACAUGUGUCAAGCCCAUCAAGACCGUCUAUGCUAUCCUAGAGGAGCACGAUGCAGUCGAUCUCCUGCGCGACGACCUCGUCGCGACCGCAACCAAAGAGAUAUACUCCGAGGGCCGUACAAGACGAGAGAUCCAGAAGGACAUCAAGUCCAAAGAACGCGCCAUCGAGUCGCUCUCGGCGAAGUACGUUCGGGAAGGGCUCAGCCAGGAGCAGAUCCGCCAGUGCUUGUACAGUAUCGGUGACAACCACGCGUUCUUGCGUACCAACCGCGAUCCAUGCGACAAGAUGAUCACGUACCUCAAGAAGUACUUCAGCCCGAACAACGCGAAGGACCCGAAGAGCAGCCUGGCGAUCAGGAGCGGAAAGGGCGGGGCGCGCCUCACGCACGAUCACUCGAAGCAGUAUGCCUAUGUAAUUCAAAGCCUGACGCUCUGGCGCGAGGUUCUGCAUGACAUGUUCCGCCUCUGGUCGCUCGCCGAGCAGGACCUGCUAUCAGAAAAUGCGCCAUACCGCCUGCGCGACACGGGUCAAGGCCUGAACCGUGUACAAGCUGCACCCAAAACCUCGCGCAUGAUGCACGUCAUCCUCAAUCGUGCACAGAAGAGCAUCGGGUCGUGGGUCGGCUCGUCGGUUAUCCACAUGGGUGACCACAACGUGCCGAAUGCGCUCAUGUUCAUUGACAAGUACUCCCAAAUCUAUCGCAUCCUUCUCCCUAUCUGCAACACCCUCCAGCAAAUCCCCAAGCUCGCAGAGAGCAGCCCUGCGCUCCGGUCCUACUUCGACGACGAGUUCGGUAGCGUGGACAACUGCUGCAGAGAGAUCCUUGGCGACUUCUUCCGCCAUGGCUUCGACGGCUCGGGCGCGGGCAACUACUUCGAUGCGGGCUCUUGCAUCGACGGUCGGCUCACGAGUGCGUGGAACUGGUGCUCGGAGCUGGAGAAGAAGCGCUUCUUCCCUGUGUUCUUGCUUAGCGGAUUCAUUGGCUUUGACGGAGAGUGGUGA